AAUAAUUAUUAUACAUAUUUAUGUCCCUUUUUCUUUCCUGUAUUUUGGUGCUGGCCACCAUUAUAUAAAUGAGUAGUUUGGGCCCCCUUGGUCUGUCUUGUUUUGGGGUGCCAUGUGUGUGAGUCUGUCAGCCUAAAAGGUUCUAUAAUCGCUAAAUCUGCUGUAUGUUAGAUCUCUGAAUUUUAAGAGGCAAGAGCAGAGUUAGAGGCAUUUUUGUUAUUGGAGCAUUUCAUACUUCUUUUGUUUUUUUCUUAUUCUUUUUUACAUGUUGGUUUUUUUUCCUUGUUGGUUGGAGACAUUUUUUUUGUGUGGUCAACCUGUGCUGGGAACAAUAAACCCCUAACUUUUGCACCGCUACUUCUGUCUCUGCGCCUUUCUCUGGCACGUCCAUUACAACUUGGUGGCAGCAGAGGGAUGUCCAGUAGGAGGCAGCAGUGAGCAAUAGUAGAAUUUUUUUUCUUUUUAUCUCUCGUGAACUUUUUCUUCACCCGUCAAAAUGGGACCAAAGAAGGUCAGGUCGGAACGACCAGAAGAGGGAGCUGUUGGAGGAGCCAUAGGGGGAAUGGAUGGAGAGGAACCAGAGCUGAGGAGCAUCUCGGAGGAGGCUUCCCUGCAGGAGCUGAGGGAUAUGUUCCAAGCACACCUGGCGAUGCAGCAGGCCCGGGACAGCCGUCUGGACCAGGACGCAGCCCGACAGGAGGCACGGUGGAAGGCCCUUCAGCACCAAUUCAGUCUUCUCCAGCAGGAAGUCCAUGUCAGGACCACCCCUGUUCCAGACCAGAGGCAGGGAUCUAGGACACCAGAGGACACCUCUCCCCAAGUAACUAGCCGACAAGCUCCUUCUCCUAACCUGGAUGGCCGGUAUGGUCAAGGUGGUAGACAGCCUGGGGCUCCUCAGGGGCCACGUCUGCCAGAAAACCAAGGUUUAGGACAGUCAAGGGCUAUGCAGGAGCCACGCCUACAGCAGCUAACUGAUGCUGAUGAUAUAGAGCAUUUUCUUACAACAUUUGAGAGGAUAGCAACGGCGUGUCGGUGGCCAACAACCGACUGGGCAGUGAGAUUAGUACCUUUGUUAACGGGCAAAGCUAGGAGUGCGUAUGUGCAUAUGGAGUUAAAUGAGUCACUCAAUUAUGAUAGUGUGAAGGCAGCCCUUUUAAACAAGUAUGACAUUAAUCGAGAGACAUACCGAGCACGUUUCAGGUCCACUGAGGUGGGACCAGACGAAUCCCCCAAAGAACUCUAUGUCCGGCUAAAGGAGCUCUACCACAAGUGGGUGCAACCUCAGAAGAGGACCAAAGAGGAGGUCGGAGAGGUUAUCAUUCUCGAACAGUACCUUCGUAUGCUUGCUCCAGAGCUGCAAGUAUGGGUCAAGGAGCAUGACCCUAGCUCUGCUGCGGAGGCUGCUGGUCUGGCAGACAUUUUUGUGGCAGCUCGUCGGAAAACUCAGCAAUGGACCUAUAAUAGGUGGAAAGGAGCCAAGGAGCCUAGGAAGCUGGGCAUGACAUCCCCUCCCCCUUCGAAGACCAGCACAGCCGUGGGUAAGUCUGUGGGUGAUUGGGUUGGUCCUGCCAGUGGAAGCCCUAGUUUUAGACCUAGUAAUGCAAAACCCUUGAUUUGUUAUCAGUGUGGUCAGGAAGGUCAUACUAAGUUUAAGUGUCCCAACAACCCAUCCAGUCAUUCUAACAUGUGUUGUGUCCCCAGACCCGUUCCCUCUGAAGGGAAAGAUAAAGUUCCCCUGCAUUGUACAUCAGUUGUCUUGAAUGGUCAAGAAGUCCGGGCACUAGUUGAUACCGGAAGUAUGCAAACUUUAGUUCAAGCCAGGUUAGUUCCAGCCCAUCUUUGGAACCAUGCGUCUCCGGUGGCAAUUCGAUGUGUGCAUGGUGAUGAAAAGAAUUACCCUACAGCUGAUGUAUAUGUGAAAGUGCAGGGACAGUCUUACUUGAUGAGAGUAGGCCUCUCUACAGACUUGUCCUAUCCUGUGAUACUAGGUCAAGAUUUGCCUGUAUUGUUUGAUAUUCUGUCCCCCAACUAUGCUUGCAAUAUGGCUGUAACUCGAGCAAUGGCAAAGUCAAGUGAGGUUGACGUGAAGCUUCUUGGUGCUUUGCCUUUCUUUGAGGUAGACAUGGAGUGUGUGCCAGGAAAGACACGUAAACCUAAGAGCCGAAAACGGCAAGAUAAAUUUCACCACACGGUUGUGAGCUCUCAGGAUGAGCCAGGUCCUAAAACCCCAUUAGGCCUUGAGGUUCCCAGAGACAUAAUUCUGUUACAGAAAAAUGACCCCGUAAUAGGCCCCUUGUACAACCAGGCCCAGGAGAAGUUGCCGUUAGGCCACACUAGAGCUGAGUGUGGCGAGGGCAUGUUCUACCUCCAGAAUGGGGUGUUAUACCGGAAGCAGGGUCCAGAGCCACAGAUGGUGGUCCCUAAAAAGGUCAGAGAGCUGGUGCUUACCUUGGGUCAUUCCAUUCCAUGGGCUGGUCAUCUGGGGAAACAGAAAACCAUAGCACGGGUAGGUCGCUAUUUCUACUGGCCAGGUUUAAGAAAAGAUGUGGCUCGGUAUUGUAAGACGUGCCCAAAGUGCCAGCAGACGUCCAUUAGAGGCCCCCCCAAAGUCCCUCUUCAACCACUUCCUGUUGUGGGUGUGCCCUUUGAGCGACUUGGUAUGGAUAUAGUGGGCCCCCUUGAGAAAAGUAAGACUGGAAACCGUUUCAUGUUGGUGGUGUCGGAUUAUGCUACUAAGUACCCUGAAGUCUUCCCCCUUAAGACUAUUAGGGCCAGAUCUGUAGCUUUCUGUCUGGUCCAGCUAUUUUCAAGGGUAGGGUUCCCCAAUGCCAUAGUCACUGACCAAGGGUCUAACUUUAUGUCCAAACUGUUGAAACAAGUGUACCAGCUUUUAGGGAUUAAGGGCAUAAGGACUACACCCUAUCAUCCACAGACUGAUGGGCUGGUUGAAAGAUUCAACCAGACCCUGAAGCAAAUGCUCCGCAAGUUUGUCUGUGAAACAGGUGCAGACUGGGACCAGUGGCUCCCGUAUCUCCUUUUUGCUUACAGGGAGGUGCCCCAGGCCUCGACUGGAUUUUCACCCUUCGAGUUGUUAUACGGCCGUGACGUGCGGGGACCCCUGACAUUGCUGAAGGAAACGUGGAAGGGAGGCCAAGAUGCGGCAGAACCAAAGAACAUCAUUGCCUAUGUGAUUCACAUGAGGGAAAAACUGGAGAGCAUGACUAAGAUAGCCCAAGAACACAUGGCAGAGGCUCAACAAAGACAGAAGGUAUGGUAUGACCAGAAGGCUCGAGCCAGGAGUUUUGAACCUGGAACCAAGGUGCUGGUGAUGUUACCUACCGACUCCAGCAAAUUGUUAGCCAAAUGGCAAGGUCCUUUUGAGGUGGUGCGGAAACUUGGACCUACCACCUAUGAAGUCGCUACCCCUGGGCAGAAGCGAUCUAAGUGGGUUCUACAUGUCAAUCUGCUGAAGGAGUGGUUUGCCAGGCCUGUGGAAGAAGCAGAGGCAUUAUUGAUCCGAAGUGUGGGAGAUGAGGAAGAAAUAGAAGAACAGUACUUACCUAUCCAGCCCGUCUCUGCCCUGGACCUUAGCCACCUUUCACCUGAGCAGAAUUCUGAUAUACAGAGACUGUGUAGCCCAGAAGUCUUCCAGGAGAAGCCAGGACACACCACCCUUGUAGAGCAUGAUAUUGUGCUCCGAGAAGAUGCUUGUGCAAGGCGCAUGAGUUAUCGAAUACCUGAGCGCCUCCUGGUGGCCUUGAAAGAGGAAUUAGACCAGAUGUUAGCCAUGCGCAUCAUUGAGCCAUCCAAAAGUGAAUGGUGCAGCCCGGUUGUGCUGGUCCCUAAGAAAAAUGGCAGUCUUAGGUUUUGUAUUGAUUUUAGGUACCUCAAUUCUGUAUCAAAGUUUGAUUCCUAUCCAACUCCAAGAAUUGAUGACCUCAUUGACCGCCUGGGUAAGGCCAAAUACUUAACCACAAUUGAUUUAUGUAAAGGCUAUUGGCAGGUUCCUUUGAGUACUCGAUCCCGAGAGCUGACUGCUUUCCGGACCCCCUGGGGUCUCUACCAAUUCUCUGUGAUGCCCUUUGGUCUGCACGGAGCUCCAGCGACAUUUCAGCGACUUGUCGACCAGGUAUUGUCCGGCUUGAGCAACUUUACAUCUGCAUACCUAGAUGAUAUUGUCAUUUACAGCUCGUCCUGGGAGGAUCAUCUGAGACACCUGGAGGUGGUCUUCCAACGUAUCCAGUCAGCAGGCCUCACCAUCAACCCGUCAAAGUGUGCCAUUGCAAAGACUGAGACCGAGUACCUGGGGUAUGUAAUAGGCAAUGGAGUCAUCAAACCCCAGGUUCAAAAGAUUCAGGCAAUUCAGGGCUGUCCCCUGCCACAGACUAAGACUCUGGUGAGAUCCUUCCUGGGAAUGGCAGGUUGGUACCGAAGGUUUGUGCCUGAUUUUUCUAUGCGAGUUGCUGUCCUUACUGAUUUGACCCGGAAGAACUGCCCUACACAGAUUCGAUGGACGGAAGAGGCGGAGGGAGCCUUCCAAGACAUAAAGGAUGCUCUAUGCAAAGGUCCAGUGUUGCAUUGCCCUGAUUUUGACAAACCUUUUGUUUUACAAACUGAUGCCUCUGAAACGGGUGUAGGAGCUGUUCUUCUCCAGGGAGAGUCAGAUGAUCGACACCCGGUGGCCUACAUCAGCAGGAAGCUGUUUCCAAGGGAGGUUCGCUAUUCGACAGUUGAGAAGGAGUGCCUUGCGGUGAAGUGGGCCCUAGACACCCUAAAGUACUACCUCCUCGGCCGAGAGUUCCUCCUUGAAACAGACCAUAAAGCAUUGCAGUGGAUGGAUCGUAUGAGGGAUUCAAAUGCUAGAAUCACUCGUUGGUAUCUGUCCAUGCAGCCCUACAAGUUCUCCAUUCGACAUGUCCCUGGGAGAAGCAACACCACAGCGGAUUUCCUUUCUCGCUUACCAGCAGGAAACCAGAGGUAGGGGGGUGUGUGAUGGCUGCAGAGCGAGUCAUACAGACAGGUCACUGCGCUAAGCCCAAUCCACCCCAUUUACCAUACAUUUACAUUUAUACAUAUCAUUUAAAAUAACUCGCCACACGGUUUUUGUUUAUCAUAAUCCUUUAUUUACUUUCGUUUUAUUAAGUGAGUGCACGCACUUAGUUUAACGUUAAGUUUAACAAUGUAAUUGCGCGGUUGUUUGUAUUACCUGUUUUUAAGUUUAAUUCCUGCAGACGGGUCCGCCGCAAAAGCGAUCGCGGGCGGAAACAAGGAACAUAUAUUUGGUUCCUAGUGGGAGGGCUGAUCAGUCCACUCCAUCUGUGGCCUGAGGGGACCACAGGACCCACAGUCAUCUUACAAUCAUUAUUAAAAUGUAUUCAUUUUCUUCUUUUAAAAUUAUAAAUCAACCAAUGCAAUACAAAUAUUAACUAUUAUAUGUAUAUUUUGUUGUCAUUCAUCAAAGACCUGUAAUAAUUAUUAUACAUAUUUAUGUCCCUUUUUCUUUCCUGUAUUUUGGUGCUGGCCACCAUUAUAUAAAUGAGUAGUUUGGGCCCCCUUGGUCUGUCUUGUUUUGGGGUGCCAUGUGUGUGAGUCUGUCAGCCUAAAAGGUUCUAUAAUCGCUAAAUCUGCUGUAUGUUAGAUCUCUGAAUUUUAAGAGGCAAGAGCAGAGUUAGAGGCAUUUUGUUAUUGGAGCAUUUCAUACUUCUUUUGUUUUUUUCUUAUUAUUUUUUUACAUGUUGGUUUUUUUUCCCUUGUUGGUUGGAGACAUUUUUUUUGUGUGGUCAACCUGUGCUGGGAACAAUAAACCCCUAACUUUUGCACCGCUA